AUUUCAUAACACCGUCAGUUGUACGGAUAAGCGUUUUAAAUACAGGUGGUAUCGGGAUAUUGUUUCAAACCAGGUUAAAACUGUCUCAGAGCGCCUUAAUACUGGGUCUGAGACACGAACGUCGUGUGCGGGAUCACGUCGUCUGAUCUUCAGGUGGACCGCAGAAUGCACCUGGUGGGCAAGGUGGCGUUGGUGACGGGCGGUGCCUCGGGAAUGGGACGUGGCUUCGCUGAGGCGCUUCUGAAAGCUGCAGCUAAGGUCUGUAUUGCUGACAUCAACGUCAAGACGGGUGUUGCCACAGAGUCGAAUCUCAGACAACAGUACGGACACGAGAACGUCAUGUUCUCUAAGUGUAACAUCACGUCUGCGACGGAGUUUCAGGCUGUGUUCAAACGGACAAAAGAGGCGUUCGGUGGGAUCGAUAUAGUCGUCAAUAACGCUGGGAUAGGAGGGGAAACGGACGAGAAUUGGGAACAAACUGUGGAUGUUAAAAUGAAGGGGACCCUACGUGGACUGCGACUCGCCAUGUACUACCUCAGUGUGGAGCACGGAGGCCGCGGGGGCUGCAUUGUCAACGUGGCCAGUAUGGCGGGUUUGAAUCCGAACCCGUUAUCGCCUGUCUACGGCUGCACGAAGGCGGGAAUCAUUCACGCUACACGAUGUUAUGCAGUAUCCGAGGCGGCCAAGAAGUCAAAUAUCCGACUCAACGUGCUGUGUCCGGCAUUCGUAGACACGCCCAUGUUUAGACGGUUGGCGGCAGGGGACGCUACUCAGACUAUCGGCGGGGACCAAACAGCCGUGACGGCUUUCAUUGAGCGCAUUGGAGUACUCAGCACAGAAGAGGUGUCGGUGGCACUAAUUGACAUGCUCACGGAUGAAACGAGAAACGGGUUGAUUUUGCGUUGCGCGAAAAAGACUGGAAACGUUUACAGCACGCUUACCGUACAAGACGUGUAACAUUAUUUCAUGCGGAGGAACUUGAUAAGAAGGCGAAAAGGUUGAGAAGGAUCCACAUUUCUAUAGUAUUACUUACAAUAUAUCUCAUUAAUUGAACUUAAAGACACACACUAUGUGCGAACCGACAGGGCUGAAAAAACUACGAGUGUUAGUGUUAAAUAUAUGAUACAUUGUAUGCAAUCUUCUACCAUUAUUUGUGCGUUUACAGAGUUCAGGAAUUCAUAUUGUACAGAGAGAACAUAUCGUUUUAGAAAAAUCUACCAGUAUGUGCAGGUAAAAUGUAUUGAACAAAAAAAACAAAUUGUGAGUCGUGCUUUUAUAUUUCAGUGUGUUCAAUUCAUAUGUCAGCAGAAAGUCAUACUUUAUAUACCCAUUUGAUUUGUACAUUAAUUUUUAAGUUCUCUCAUUUUAAACUGUUCAUUUAAUUACCAUUAGUAAUUUUUUUGGAAUUGAUUAAUAAUUGUAUGUGAAUAUUUAAGUCUUACACAUUUGUUAAAAGUAGUAAUUUCAAAAACGCACACUCCUAUAGAAAUGACUGUUUUAAAUAAAGAAAUAGUUGCAUUUAGGAUUUUUUAAUUUGGAAAAGAUUAACUCAUGUUCAUUCAAUUGUUUAACAUACCAACAAAAUAAAUACAAGU